AUGGAUACUACUACUAUCACCACUACUUGUAACAUCAGUUUUGCUCAGCCACCAAAAUAAUAUGGCUGCCAGAACAGGCAUACCAUCACCUUCACUGUCUCUCUUACCAGGAAGAGGCAGAACCGCCACCACAACCACCACAGUGACCACAGUCUCUCUGUGGAAGCCUGUCACGCGAGUUGGCAGAAGAUGCGUUUUUCGGGUUUAUGCAUCCGAAGGAGGGAAAGCAAAGCAGAGGACACCACAAGAAGUUGAUACCAGAAUUCACUGGGAGAAUGAGGACGAUGGAUGGGUCGGUGGCAGCAGUGCCAGCACUACUCAGUCAGUAGAAGAAGAGGAGCAGCAGAACGACUUUCUUGGUGAAAAGUUCUCACAGUUGCUCAACAAUUCUACUGAUUCUCAUUACCAAUUUUUAGGGGUGCCAGCAGAAGCCGACUUAGAAGAGAUCAAGGUGGCCUACAGACGGCUAUCAAAAGAGUACCAUCCCGAUACCACUUCUCUACCGUUAAAAGAAGCCUCUCAAAUGUUCAUGAAACUGAGAGAAGUUUACAGCGUACUGAGUGACUCAGAGAAGCGAAGGUUCUACGACUGGACACUGGCUCAGGAAGCCGCGAGUCGUGAAGCGGAAAAGAUGAGGGUAAAGUUGGAAGAUCCAUACAUGAAAGAUAUAGAAAACUUUGUGUCAAUCCCAGACAUGGUUGACAGGCUUGGUGGAAGGAACAUGGAGCUGAGUGACCAAGCGAAAUCUGCUCUCACUUUUGAUAUACUUAUAGUUAUAUUCUCGAUUUGUUGUAUCAUAUACGUGGUUCUCUUCAAGGAACCUUAUUAUUAGUCGGUGUGUAUACAAAAGCUAAGGCUUCUGAGGUCAAAUAUAGUAAAUUCUGUAGUAUGAAACUAUAUAACAGAUAUAUACAUCAUAAAGUUUAAAACCAA